GAGUUUUGCUCUCGUUGCCCAGGCUGGAGUGCAAUAGCGCGAUCUCGGCUCACUGCAACCUCUGCCUCCCAGGUUCAAGCAAUUCUCCUGCCUCAGCCUCCCGAGUAGCUGGGAUUACAGACACGUGCCACCACACCUGGCUAAUAUUUUUUGUAUUUUUAGUAGAGAUGGGGUUUCUCCAUGUUGGUCAGGCUGGUCUUGAACUCCUGACCUCAGGUGAUCCGCCCACCUCGGCCUCCCAAAGUGCUGGGAUUACAGGCGUGAUCCACCGCGCCCGGCCUCAUCUGUUGUUUCUUGACUUUUUAAUAGCCACCAUUUUGACUGCCAUGAGAUGGUAUAUCGUUGUGGUUUUGAUUUCCAUUUCUCUAAUGAUCGGUGAUGUGGAACUUUUUUCAUAUGUUUGUUGGCCACAUGUAUGUAAAGACACCCAUUUCUUUAUGUGCUUGACAUGGCCUUAAAUAUGCAUGUAUCCUUGUAAAAUACAUCGUGUUGUUCUUUGUGCCUUUUAAAUUUACCUACAUGGUAUUCUGCUAAAAAUAAUUUCCUGCAUCUAAAUUUUUUUCUUUAGAUACAAAGCAUCUGUUUGUAUAUGUACACCAAUCACUGUGUCAAACUGCUGUAUACAUAGCCCAUAUACAAUACACAUUGUAGCAUUAUUUAUAAUAACAGUUUGAAAUAACCUAAAUACUGCACACUAGGGAAUGGAUAACUAACCCUAGUACACCAGCUGUGUUAAAUAUCAUGCCUUCAUUAACAAUGAUACUUCUCGAUAUGAAGGGGCACAUGCUUAUGACAAUGUUAAGUGAGAAAAGCGGACAAAACAGUCUAAAUUGUGACAACAACCACAAAAAUAUACAUUAAUACAGCCAAGGGCUAGAAAGGAUCAGAGAAAAAUGAAACAGGUAUGUAUGUCUGAGCAAGGGAAUCAUGGGUAACAUUUCUCAUGUACAGUAGCUCCCCCUAUUCGAAGUUUCGCUUUCCAAGGUGUCAGUUACCCCCAGUCGAACUUGGUCCAAAAAUAUUACACGAAAAAUUCCAGAAACAAUUCAUAAGUUUUAAAUUGUGCAGUGUUCUGAGUGGUGUGAAGAAAUCUUGCACCAUCCAGCUUCGUCCUGCAAAGGACCUGAAUUCUACCUUUGUCCAGCGGAUCCACACUGCAGAAGGUCCCCUCCUUAUGAGUCACUUAGUAGCUGCAAGAGUAGUGAUGCUGGCAUACUGUGAGAAUUGUUCUAUUUUAUUAUUAUUGUUGUUCAUCUCUUACUGGGCCUAAUUUUCAAAUUAAACUUUAUCACAGAUAUACAUGCAAAGGAAAAAACAGUAUAUUAGGGUUUGGUACUAUUUGCGGUUUUAGGCCUUCACUGGGGGUUUUGGAUCCCAUCCUACAGGAAUAAUGGGGUGCUCCUGUAGCUGUUAGUAAGACGAUGGUGUGCCUGGGGAUUUGUACUAUACACCACAGCAUCUUCUACAGUCGUUUUGGGGGAGAGGGAGGAUCAGAGCAGUAUCAAUCUGCUGCUCCUUGCCCCAAAACUGGCAAGAGGCGCCUUUCCUCAGCCAGAAAGGCCUCUUCUCCACCAGCUGUGUCCUGCAAUCAACUGCAGCUGUAUUGGUCUCACCCCAUGGGAAACAGGUUUGAAGUUAAAAACCUUUUCAGAGGGCCGAGAUAAAUUUAGUGCUGCUAAAUUUAACUAUCUUCAAGAUUAAACAUGAAAAGCAAAGUGCAUGAGUUAUGUAUAUUAUUCUUUCAAUUGUGCAAAAAUAAGACAUUAACUUGUUUUUGCAUGGAAAAAUUCUGCAAGAAUAGAGAAGAAAUGUUUACAGUUACCCCUGGGAUCUGGGAUAAAAGAGAGACAUCAUGCUUUUCUUUAAAAAAAAAAAAUAGGUUUUUGUGGAUUUUUUUGUUUUUGUUUUUUUGACAGAGUCCAGCUCUGUAGCCCAGGCCAGAGUGCAGUGGUGGGAUCUCGGUUCAUUGCAACCUCCAUCUCCUGGGUUCAAGUGAUUCUUGUGCCUCAGCCUCCGUAGUAGCUGGGAUUACAGAUGUGCACCACCACAGCCAGCUAAUUUUUGUAUUUUCAGUAGAGACGGAGUUUCACCUUGUUGGUCAGGCUGGUCUCCAGCUCCUGACCUCAGGCUAUCCGCCCGCCUCGGCCUCCCAAAGUGCUGGGAUUACAGGCCUGAGCCACUGCGCCUGGCCCAUGCUUUUCUCUACAGUAUGAAAGGAAUAUGUACUUUCUUCUUUAAAACCAUGUACCAAACAGCACUUUUCAAUUAAAAUGUUAUUUUUAAAAGUUUAAAUCCCCAAAUUUCAUGGCUCUAACUUUUUAAACAUCACUUUUUAAAUAAAUGUCUAAGUUUUUAACUUAUUAUACAGCGUUCUCCAAAACAACAAAUUCAUAUUCUGAGCCCAAAACUGUGCACCUCUUUUAGUGAUGAGGACGGAGUCCAAAUUGAGGACAUCCCUUAUAGCUCACAAUGCACACAUAUUCUCACAUCAAUAGCAACAUAGAAUGCAACUGAUGACCAAUAUAUAUUCACAAAUAAUUGAGGACCAUGGCUAAGAGUUGCAUUCGGAUUCCGAUGUGACUGCUAUUGUCCUUAACACGGACUAGCUCCAGGUGAGUCCCCCGGCCCCGGGGGUGUGGCGGGCGUCACCCGUUGUCCGGGCACACACCCCGCAGACCCAAUCCUAGCCCGCUGGCUAGACCAUGGAGGGCCGCUGGGUGCAGCCACAGAGCGCGGGGCCCCGGCGACCCCGCCCCGCUCCGCGUCACUCGGCGCCCUGCGGCGCGCGAUGAGCACCUACCACUAGCGGAGCCGCGAGGGAGAGGCCGCGGCCCCUUCCCGUUGCCUGCGGCCACGGGCCGGCAUUCAGAGCCCCUCGCCUGGCGCUAAAUUUAAAAACGUAACACGAGCAGCAGGCUGGUCUCGGAAACGAAACGAAACUCGGUCCCUGGGCCUCCUCCCGGGCGCUGCCGGUCCCUCAGCGCGCCGCGCCACCCGGAACAGACCGUUCUCCCGCCAUUUUCGGCGGGGCUGGGAGACUGAGGCCCGCGGCGCUGAGCCUGCGGCGCCCCGGAAGAGGCGGGCGGCAUGGCCGCCGGCGUGGACUGCGGGGACGGGGUUGGCGCCCGGCAGCACGUGUUCCUGGUUCCAGAAUAUUUAAAAGAUGCUUCAAAGAAGAUGAAAAAUGGGCUAAUGUUUGUAAAACUGGUUAACCCCUGUUCAGGAGAAGGAGCCAUUUACUUGUUCAAUAUGUGUCUACAGCAGCUGUUUGAAGUAAAAGUUUUCAAGGAAAAACACCAUUCUUGGUUUAUAAAUCAAUCAGUUCAAUCAGGAGGUCUUCUCCAUUUUGCCACACCUGUGGAUCCUCUAUUUCUGCUUCUCCACUACCUCAUAAAGGCUGAUAAGGAGGGGAAGUUUCAGCCCCUUGAUCAAGUUGUGGUGGAUAACGUGUUUCCAAAUUGCAUCUUGUUGCUGAAACUUCCUGGACUUGAGAAGUUACUUCAUCAUGUGACAGAGGAAAAAGGUAAUCCAGAAAUAGACAACAAGAAAUAUUACAAGUACAGCAAAGAGAAGACAUUAAAGUGGCUGGAAAAAAAGGUUAAUCAAACUGUGGCAGCAUUAAAAACCAAUAAUGUGAAUGUCAGUUCCCGGGUACAGUCAACUGCAUUUUUCUCUGGUGACCAAGUUUCCACUGACAAGGAAGAGGAUUAUGUUCGUUAUGCCCAUGGUCUGAUAUCUGACUACAUCCCUAAAGAAUUAAGUGAUGACUUAUCUAAAUACUUAAAGCUUCCAGAACCUUCAGCCUCAUUGCCAAAUCCUCCAUCAAAGAUGGCAGCACAAAGACAGAAAAGGGGCAAGUGAUGGUGGUGGCUCCACGCAAGGCUUGGCGGUUUUCCCUGCAACUUCAGACACUCCCAGAGGACUCGGACUUUUUCUUCUGCACUUUUUUGGAAAAUCGCCAGAUGCCAAAAGGUGUAUUUUAAAGCGCUGACUGUAAAUGCUUUAUUUCUUUGAUUAGUACCACUAGUCUAUGUGGGCAGCGGCAUUCCUCCCUGGAGCACUCAGCUAGGCGGUUCCGUCCAGGAGCUUGAAAGCAUCCCAGUGGUGCACCUGUUCAGUCUGAGGACCUCAAGCUUGGGUCAGGCCAGCAUGUUUUAGGUAUGGAUGUGGUGACUUAAAGUACUUGAUUGUCUUGAUUUCACCCUGAAAGCUUUGGCAAACCAAGUUUCAACCCUUACUUUAAAAAUCUGACACUGCUUUACUCCAUAUCAAUUUGGAAGCUUCUAAUUCAUAAAUAUACCUAAAUGUUGGCAUUUUAUCUCUCCAGGAGUUAUUAAACAUUUCUUCCUUUUUAGAA